AUGGAACUCAUUUCUACAAAAAAACUAAAAAAUCAUAAAAAGAUUGUGGAUGAAAAACAUGAGAAUUUCAUCAGAAAGUUUCGAAAGUUGAUUAAAUCGAAGGCGACUUCGAGAGGAAACAUUGUUAAAAUUAUAGAACAUUUUUAUUCCGCCAAAACUUAUUUUAUGAUAAUUCAAUAUGCACAUAAUGGAGAUCUUGGGACGUGUUUACGAACAAAGUUCUUGGAACAAAAUGAAUAUGCUAAGGCAAACUUAAUACCGGGCGUUGAAGGCAGUCCAAGCUACGUCAAUAAUGCAAGAACUAUGCACGGAAAUUUGGAUUUCACCAAUAUACUCACCAAAAAUGGUGGUAUAUUAAUGGUUAUGGGAUUUGGUUCAUCCGUUUCUCUUGAUGAAGAAUCUUUUGAUCCUUUGAACGCAGAAUCUGCACCCUACUCGAAAGGAAGAACGAAGCAUUAG